CACUGCAGCCAAUGCAAUUUACAAAUGCAACUCUUUUUAAACAGCAGCAGUAUGUGGUCUCUGUUGCUGGCACAAUUGCGCAAAAAAACCCAACAACAACAGUGUAAACGGUGUAAAGAUAAAGAGUAGGCUGGUUUACCCUGUAGCCUCACUGAAAACACCAUGACAUGAUGAAGCAACAGAGCUUUUUGACGCACAGAGAUUUCUGCAGCAUUUUUUUGUGUUUGAUUCUUUGCUGAUCUCAAAGACAACAUGCCCCACGCUCGAAAUAGGAACCCCAGCCCCAUCCCAGAGGUAACAUGGGACACGGGGCUGAAGGAGAUGAACGAGACCUGGAAAGGAGCUAUAGCCUGUCUCGGAGUGGCCGUCUUCUUUGUCAUGACCAUCGGGAUCAUAUAUUGGCAAGUGGUGGACCAGCCUAACAAGAACUGGAUCCUCAGGGGGACUUUUAGCGGACUGAUCUGGGAGAGAAGAACCCACUCGCUGGUCAUACAGACCCUGACGGAGGACAAGACCUACGUGGAGAUAGACGUCGGGAACGUGGGGAACCCCGACAUCGAGGUUCCCUUCGUGAGGAACCUGUGCUGGCUGAAUAAAACAGAGUUCUGCUAUACGUGGGACUCGGUGGCCGAGGUGAAGAUCUCGCUGGAGGUGAAUGAGGAGACGGAGACGGAGUGCUACAGCAUGACUUGGGCGCCGGUGCACUGUCAUGUGGAGCUGAAGGACUGCUUCUCCAUGACCAAUGUGUCCUGGUACGGCGGAGCCAGCGUCCGGGGUCAGACCUGGCCGAUCAAUGACCAGAACGCCACCACGCAGCCCUUCAUCGUGAGUGAUCUCAAGGACAAUCCGUCCGGCUUCGGCUCUGCCCUGGAGCGCUACUUCUUGGGCUCAUCAGGUGUCGCAGUGCUUGUAUCUCCUGAUAUUCCCCUGCAGCUGGGGGUUGACAGCAGGCAGCAAUUCUGCCUGCAGUCGCUGCCCAGUAUGGAGCGUCUCCCUCUGCAGUACACCGUGUGUGUGGCCCACAACGUGAAAGCUGCUCACCAGGAAGCGGUGCAACAACUCUCCCAGCACAGCAGGGAGCUGCCCAACAUGAACACGCUGUGGCUGCCAUUCUGGAAGCUGCUCGCCAACAUGGAUUCAGGGCCGAAGGUGGAGAGGGAGCUGAGGACCUUCUCUAAUCGUCUGAGGAGACACCAGCUCGGGGAGGGAGUCAUCAGCCUCAAUGAACAUUCCACCACCCUCCUCUCCGAUAUGGACCAUGACUACCUCAACAGCAGGAAAAGGGGGAUGUCCAAGAGACUGACCAGGGACCUCCCACUUGUCAAGCUUCUUAACAUUUCCAUCACCCUGUCCCCUUUCCUGGGUGUGGACACCACACAGUUCCACACCUCCCUCGUGGACGGCACCGAGGCCUACUGGCUCAGUCUCCCCUCAGCCCCUCAGGGACAGUUGAUCCCUGUGAUGAGUCAGUGGCAAGGAAAGUUCUGCGUUAAGCUAAAUAUCACCAACCCAGGAGCGGUGAGCUGGUUCCUGGACAGGGUGGGAUCCCUGCAGGCCCACUUGGGGAUGGAGUAUGUCAUGCUGGAGGGGGGCGAAGGAAAUCUGUUUGAGGAGCAAGCCCUGCGGCCGCCGCAGACUCUCAGCGGAGACAAGUAUAUCAGCCUGCUGGCCGACCUGGCCACAAGGAUAGGAGACUCCACCAUUGUGACAGCAGGGACACGGUCGAGCCACAAGCCUCUGUUUGUGAGGAUGACCCCCUUGCAGUCCGACUGGAGCCCAAUGGGCCUGAAGGGCAUCAUUCCCUCCCUGCUGCACCACACUCUGCUGGGAUACAACUUCCUCAUUCCUGAUGCAGUAGGUGGCUCUCUGUCUGGAGACCUGGUCACAGAUGAGGAGUUGUUCAUCCGUUGGCUGGAGAUCGCAGCUUUUCUCCCUGUUAUCAGCUUCCACACACCGCCCUGGGUCUGUGGAGAGGACCGGGUGCUAAACCUAACACGGGCCUACAUAGCCAAGCACCAGAGGGAUGUGGUCCCACUGAUAGAAAAGUAUGCAGAGGAGUGGCAGAUGACGGGAAACCCCAUCUACCGGCCGAUGUGGUGGCUCAGUCCCAGUGACCCCAUGACUUUCACCAUUGAUGACCAGUUCUUCAUCGGAGACGAGGUCCUGGUGGCACCAGUGGUGGAGAGAGGGGCAGUGCAGAGGGAUAUUUACUUACCUGACGGGGGCUUCCAGUGGCAGGAUAGCCAGAACGCUCAGGUGUUUGACGGGGGGACGUUCCUACAGGACUACCCCGUGCCCUUGGAGGAGGUGGCCAUUUUCUUACGGAGAAGCUGA